AUGUCAUGAAGAAUCAAAAGUCAUCACAUACUGACUUGAGAAGUCGGCGUCCACAACCCACAACAAGGCCAGGGCACUUGGCUCGUCGGUCGUAGCGACCUUAGGCUUUAGAGUUUACAAUACAUACAGGCUGUAGAUCUAAGUCGUACUGAGUGUGCUCUUUGUUACAUUCUUGUCAAAGUAUCCAGUGUUUCACGGUUUACAUUGUACUUGUAGUUGAACAGUUCACGAAGCUCCAGGGUACGGGUGGAGUCGGGGCAAGCACACCUCGGAACGUAUGCGGACGCCAUGAACAAGUCGAAGUCGUCCCAACUGAAAGUGCGCUCGACGAGCAGGAAGGAUUCGAACGACUCGGUUUUUCUCAGCGUUCCCGGCUGCUUGGCGGCCGGUAGCAAGCUGCGACCGGCACUAGAAACCACGGAAGAGGUAUCAGAGGUGGAGGAUGAAAUACCAGCGUCUCAGAGUCGAGGCACCGCCACGACCAGUGUGAACGCUCCACUAGGCCACACUGCAAAUAGUAGCGGCAAUGCCAAGUCAGGACAAUCGCCCACGGCGGCCCAACGGAAGGCAAGCGUUAGCCGGAGAGAGCUUCCGGCUAUACCGGCAAAACCUCUAGCUCUUGCAGCGGUACCUACUCAACCAACUGUCAUCCUUUCGCCACAUUCAUCGUCAAGAGGCUCUAGUCGACAUCGGUCGUCCACACAUCACCAGCUCACGGGCGCAGAUGGUUCCGAGGUCGAGAAUACACUACAAGACGACGCGGCUACCGUGCAAAGCAACAGAAGUGCAGUGGAGGAAAGCCCGAGGCAUGUAGUUCAUGACGUGCAUGGUAAUAUGGUGGGAUCGGUGCCUACGAUAGAUGAUGCUAACUGCAGGAAGAGGAUGCUUUCGGAUGCGACAGCCGGACCUACAGCCGGAAACUACAGAACAGAGGAGCUCGCACCACCAGCAGGUGGUCAGAGACAUAGUGUAGCACGACCCAGACCAACACAAGCUAUGGGCUCUGGCUCAGUUCUCUUUGCCAACGUGAAUACAGGAGGUUUUGAGCGCAGCAGUCCGCGGUACAGGUCUCAUCCAGUGCAGCAACGGCGCACCAGGCCUGACUUCCUGCUCAACGACACUCCACAUCAGCAUGCAGUGCAUGUUCCCACUGGCAUGAACACAGCUGCAUCACUACCGCAGCUCAGUUCAAGCCAAGCAAGUUCUAACCCUACAAGGCAGAUUGGGAGACAGGGAGAGCAAAUGGGCCUGCAUCAGCGGUCCACUCCGGUGAUUGGAAGACAGAGUAUGGCAGGUUUUGCCCCAGGCCCACAUAGGCAGGCGAGUGCUGGUCCACGACGCAGGCUGGAUUUUUCAGUACAGCACACGGUGCCACCCCUUGCUGGUGAUCCCUCACCUCAGGCUGACCUGCCUCUGCUCCAUGAACACUCUGCUCUAGAUCUAACUGCAAUCCCGGUCCUAGCACCCAGGCAAACGGCUAUGCAACAGGUUGUGAAUACUCACCCGAUGGUGUUAUCUGGUCAGGCUGGCCCUCCGUCUGGACUGAGUGCACAGAUGCAAGACAUGGCGUCCAGCGACACCACAGGCAGGGCAAAAAAGAAGCGCGUCUCUUUCGGCCACGCAACAACGCAAGCUACUUCUUUUCGAACGGCGUUGCCACAGACUCCGGCUCUAACUCCUCAUAUUCAACAGGGCACAUCCAGUGCCAGUCCGGGACAAAACUGGGUCGAUGGUAGAGGGUACUAUCAUACAGCUCCUGGAGGAGCACGCGUGCCAGUGCCAUCUUCAGAUCCACUUCAGCCUGUACGAGAAGACCACGUGCCCGUGAAUACCUACCCGCAAUCUCCGGAACCAGCCAGGCCCCGCCAACUUGGCCGUCAGCCUCGUCCUAUUCGAUCACCAUUGGUGAGCAGCUUUUCCAAGCAUCAGCUAGAGCGAGGACCGCAGUUGAGAUUUGAUGGCGGCUUUUUGUCUGGCGGUGAGCCGUCUGAAUUGAGAAGGUCUGGACGUCGGUUUAGUUUCACUGCUGCGGUCGCACCGGAGGAGUUGAUCGAGGACUUUCAUGCGUGCGGCUUGGUGGCAGCUCCGCAGCAAGGCCUGUCGUUUCCCGGUUCUGGCGCAUUAGUCUCAUCCACCGACCUUGACAUUGACAGUGUCGGUGCUAGUCCUGAUCUAUCUACUCGUCGAUCUACUGCUCCUGAGGGUCCUACUGGCAGUGCCAAUGCACAGCUCGCGAAUAAUCCUGUCCCGGUAGAGGAGCGUCAUUCUAGUAGGGAUCCACCUGUUCAGGGUUUACCAGCAAGGGCGCAAGGGAAGUGGCUAGGAGUAGGAAACGCCGCCACUGCGUCUCAAGCCCGGAGAGCCGAACACACUCCACCAGCACAUGGCAGCAGCAAUGCCAGCUCAUCGAGGAGUAUGAACAACACAGACAGCGACGACCGGCAGCUUCAGCGUUCUCCAACUCGUUCGAGCAGCCUGGUGAACGCCAUGUCUCAUCCAGAUGAAGACAAGUCUCGUUCGCCGCCGACGCGGGCAUCAUGCAUGGAAUUGGGCUGUGGCGCAUCGACUUUCAUGUGUCUAAGAUGGUUCUUCUCCUGGCCAAUACACGGCGAGCGGGGACGCUUGCUGACCCGUAUCUUCCUCAGCAUCUUAGCGUGGGCAGCUCUAGCAACCAUCACCGGCAAGUCAGCGCUGCCCGGAGCAGAUGGUUUCCUGUUCGCUAUCAGCGUAGUGAUUGCCGCAGCUGCCCUUGGAGGCUACAUUGUGCGCCAGGUUCAUCUCCCUCCACUUCUGGGCAUGCUGCUGGCUGGAUUUCUCUUGCGCAAUGUGUAUGUAGUUGAUGUUCCCAGCGUUGUUGCUGGAGGGACCACAACAAACGAUAGCAAUAUUAGUAAUGUGACCAUGUCUCCGUUAUUGAUGACAGCUGCAAGUGGCGGUGGCGAGCUGACGUCCAAUCUGCGCUCUAGCUGGUCUAGCGCGCUGAGGAGCGUGGCACUUGUUAUAAUUCUUGUCCGAGCUGGUCUUGGCCUAAACCCAUCCGUGUUGAAGCGGGCUAAGUUUGUUAUAAUGAGGCUGGCGUUUCUUCCAUGUCUGGUCGAGGCAUCUGUGGAUGCAGUGCUGGCCAAUCUGCUUCUGGACUUCCCCUGGGCAUGGGGCUAUAUGUUAGGAUUCGUAAUUGCUGCUGUUUCACCAGCUGUUGUUGUACCAUCAUUGCUUGGCUUACAAGAAAGAGAGUAUGGUAUUGCUAAAGGUAUACCCACUCUGAUCAUUGCGGCGGCAUCCUUUGAUGACGUAAUUGCCAUCAGCGGCUUUGGGAUAGCGCUCGGUUUGGUCUUUUCGACAGGCGGUAGUCUGGCAUUCAACAUUAUACGCGGGCCAUUGGAGCUUUUGGCUGGCAUUGUAGGCGGAACUGCUGUUGGUGUCAUAGCAUGGUAUAUUCCCAGCUCGGAUAAGACGAACAGUCAUCGUUUUCGAAAUCGCAUCAUAUUUCUGCUUUUCGGCGGCCUGACAGCUGUGUUUGGUACCCGUCUUGUUCAUUUCACUGGUGCCGGUGCGUUGGGAAGUUUGGUGAUGGCGUUUGUGGCUGGCAGGGGCUGGCCAGAUGAGGACAGAAAAAUGGUGGCACGGUCAUUCGCACUGUUAUGGCACUUUGCCCAGCCAAUGCUUUUUGGCCUCAUAGGUGCGGAAAUUGACCGGAACAUCUUGGGCGAAAGCUUUGUAGGCACUGCUAUCGGUAUCCUGUGGAUUGGAAUGCUAUUCCGGGUGAUUGUGUCAGCCUGCAGUGUCGUUCGUUACAACUUGACCCUGAGGGAGAAGUUGUUUGUCGCCUUGGCCUGGCUUCCUAAAGCUACUGUCCAGGCAGCCAUUGGAUCCGUUGCACUGGACACAGCCACUGAACAAGGCGGUACGCCGGAGCAAAUUGCUUUAGGAAGGAAGGUCUUGACCAUAGCAGUGCUGGUCAUCGUCUUCACGGCUCCUAUUGGCUCCAUUGCUAUCUCACUGUCCGGUCCGCGCCUGCUUGCGAAGGGUGCGGAGAAAGCCGAGAAUGACACGGAGCAGCAGCAGCAGCAAGUUUCCCGGUCUGGCAGUGAGGUUGACCAGUCCAUUGGGAGCUCAGCUAGUGAUGGGCGAAUACCAGGAUCUGCCCAAUCGAUGCAGGAGUCUGCGGUGUGAAGCACCGUCUGCACGCACCCGCAUAUCCGUGCUUGCGGGUUGUUGCCAUGACGAUGUCGGUGCAAGACUGACGGUGUAGCUGCUGGAAGUUUAAAAAACAAUUGUAGCCUUUCCUGUUCUGUCAUUUCUCUUGAUGGCCAUGUGGUGAUGGAAGAAACAGGUACCGUGCCAUGUGCGCGUGUGUAUGUACAGCCUUCUUCACACACAUCUAUUAUUAUUCAAGCCUGGCAUGCAGUAUGCCGCAGAUGAAGAUUAUUCUUCCUUUUUGAGACUUCACAAUCGUUUAUGGCUUUAUGCCCCUUGUUGGUGGUACAGCUAGUAAAAUAUAUAUUUUAUAAAAUUUUAACUCAACAUGAAAUCUGCUUUAUGACAACAGUUAUUUUUUACAUGGUCACACUAGAAUAUACUUCUACAGCCUUGAUUAGGCCGGCAAUCUCAAUCGGCAUGCUCAGGGUCGAUUGUAUUAUUUGUCUGCAUGAGCUGUCUGAAAUUAUUUCCCUAUAUACUAUACCGUGUUUGUGUAGGUUGAAAUUGAUGAAGCUCACAUAUGAUGUUUCUGCAGUCAGUGAUUUAUUUCUUGCUUGACCGUCUUGUUCCUAGUGUUUUUUUUUACAGUGGCUGAUCAUGCGGCCCGUCUUUUCUUUCCCGCUCCCAUUUCCUCUUGAAUGGUGCUGGAUGUUCUCAAGUUGGUGCGUGUUGGCACCUCUGUUAUGGUUCUAAAAGGCCACUGCACAAUCAGCAGCACCAGCA